CCCCUCGUGGGUUUUCUCCGGGUACUCCGGUUUCCUCUCACAUUCCAAAAACAUGCUAGGCUAAUUGGCGACUUCAGGUUGUCCAUGGGUAUGAGUGUGAAUGGUUGUUUGUCUAUAUGUGCCCUGUGAUUGGCUGGUGACCAGUCCAGGGUGUGCCCCGCUUCUCGCCCGAAGGCAGCUGGGAUGGGCUCCAGCACCCCCCGCGACUCUCGUGAGGAAAAAGCGGUAGAAAAUGAAUGAAUGAAUGUACAUAUGUUUCACUAUAACCUGAUCUGCCUAGCACACAGCAACAUGACUGUUUGGGGGGAUGGGGCGUUUUACCUUGUUGACGGAAGUAGAGUUUGUUCCGAUCAAUGGGUCGGUGAAAUCAAUGUGCCUAGAAAAGACGUUCUGGUAAUGUUUUAAAUCAUCAAAAUAAGGCAAAAUAAUGUAAGUAGUACAUGUAAUUAUCAAUUUACUUGUUCAUGCUUGAUCACAGCAUGUAUAUAGAACAAUAAAAAUAUAUUUUGUAGUCAAAAUAGGUGUGUCCCAAUGACCUGCAUUGUUAGUUAGGUCAUAUUUCCUCUUUUUGGGUGUUAUAAUGCACACAAAAGUGAAAUAAGUAUGUGUUCAUGUAAUACACGUAAUACAUAUUAUGAUCUCGUUUAUCAAAGACAACGUUAAAGCAUUUGUCGUUCAUGAGGGGUCUAUAUGGAGGAAGUCAUUGCAGUGCACAUCCCUUCUUAACAGCCAUGUUGGGUGAGUACGCCUCUCCACGCUGCUUUAUGUUCAGGUGUGUUACCUGCCUUUCACUUCCGGGAGCUGGGUUUGCUCUGUCCGCCGGCACCAACACAAUGGACCGGACGACUGGGGAGGUCGUGAUAUAGUUUGUGGGCCGCUGUCUGAGCUUCGGUGUGCUCCUGCUGCAUGCAGACACACACAGGAGAGGAAGUACUUCCUGACAAUAAAAGAGGUCCGUCUCAUUUCCAGUCCACUUGGCGUGGCUCCCCGCUGGAGCUGAGCGCAUUGACGCAUUGUGGAGUCGACAGGGUGGGGGGGAGAGAAGGAGGAGGAGGAGAAGGAGGUGGCGGCGGCGGUGGUGUUGGUAGGGGCGCGCACUGCAACCCCUCCUUCCCGAACACAACCGAGGAGGCAGCUACCGGCGGAACCGCGAUGGACGUGGUGCAGCUCGACACCGACGACCAUCAACCGGAGAACGGCUUCGUCUCCCCCGAGAGCACGUCGCCGUCGGUGCCCCUGACGCGCAUCGACGGCUCGAUUCUGCCCUUCCUCGGCGGCUUCGGGAAGUACCAGAAACAGCUGAUCGUGCUGACAUGGAUCCCGGCACUCGUCAUUGGAUUCAGCCAGUACUCGGACAAUUUCCUGCUCGCUCAGCCGAACAACACAUGCAUCCAGCCCCUUGCCAACACCACCAUGACUCCUACAGCCGCCACAAGCACCAGCAGCAUGGGCAGCAACGUGACGCGGUCCCGCUCCUGGGCGUCGGAGGUGGCCCAGAAUGCCAGCGAGAGGGCGGCUGGCAGUCACAACGACACGGGUGACACGCAGUGUAUGUGCAACGCGUGGACCUUUGAGCUGCACACCGGGCUUGUACAGAAUGUGGUCACCAAGUGGAGUCUGGUGUGUAACUCGGCAUGGAAAGUCCACAUUGCAAAGUUCUCCCUCUUGGUGGGAUCUAUCUUUGGAUACCUGGUGUUUGGAAUCCUUGCAGACUGGUUUGGUCGCCACCCAGUGCUGAUCAUAUCCGUUCUGUUCAUGCUGGUGUUUGGCCUCACUGUGGCCUUCUCCGUCAAUGUUCCCAUGUUCAGCACCCUGAGGUUUUUUGAAGGCUUUUGCUUGGCAGGCAUAACACUGUCGCUCUAUGUCCUCAGGAUUGAGCUGUGCCUUCCGGGCUGGCGCUUCUCCAUGACGAUGGUGGCCAGUUUCGUGAUGCUGGGUGGCCAGCUGCUGAUGCCAGGUGUGGCGUACCUGUGUCGUGACUGGCAGGUGCUCCAGGCUGUCAUCAUUUGUCCACUGCUGCUUAUGCUGUCCUACAUCUGGAUCUUCCCUGAGUCACUGCGUUGGCUGUUGGCCACUCAGCAGUACUGCCGCUCCAAGUGGAUCAUGGGACACAUUGCCAAGAAAAAUGGCGUCAACAUGGAGCAUGAUACCGACAACAUCCUCCCAGAACUGCAGAGAGCUCUUCAACGCAAACCAAAAAAGACGUGCAUCGUUAAAAUGGCCAGAACGAGGAACCUAUGGAAGAAUAUUGUCGUACUCUGCGUCAACUCGCUAACAGGUUAUGGGAUCCACCAUUGCUUUGCCCGCAGCAUGAUGGACCCAGAGGCCCAGGAAACCACCAUGUUCCAUAACUUCUACGCAGACUAUUACACCAUGGCAGGGAUCGCAGUGGCUUCCUGCCUGGCACUGUGCCCAGCGGUGGGCCUGAUGGGCCGGCGAGGUGGCCUCCUCUUGUUCAUGAUCAUCACUGCGUUGGCAUCAUUACUUCAGCUGGGCCUGCUGAACUUGCUGGGAAAGUAUAGCAACCAUCUUAAUAUAGAUAGCUCAGGCACCCUGAAUAAAAACUUCUCUAUUGCCUUCUCCAUCAUCGGGAUGUUCUCCUCCCAUGCUGUCAGCAACCUGAGCAUUUUCUUCUGUGCUGAGAUCACACCCACCGUCAUCAGGGGUGGAGGUCUGGGUCUGGUCCUGGCGAGUGCUGGCUUCGGUAUGCUGACUGCACCCAUCAUGGAGCUCCACAAUCAGAAGGGCUACUUCCUGCACCACAUUAUCUUCGCCUGCUGCACCCUUAUCUGUAUCAUCUGCAUUCUUUUACUCCCUGAGACGCGCUACCACCCCCUGCCUGAGACGCUGGCCGACGACAGCUACACCCGCCAGUCCCUGCUGCCCCCACGCAAGCCCGGCGAGCAGCGCCUCCUCCUGGCCCCCUCGGAGAGCUCCAGGGAUUACACGCGGGUGCACGACACUCCUCUGCACGAGGCCGCUGCCACUGCCGUGUCCACCAUGGACUCCACCGCCUCAUCGGCUGUGGAUUUGACUGCUCUCCCCGCCAACCCAGACCUUGUGGAAGACUCGUCUUCACUCGUGGCCCCCGCUGAAGAUGACGUCAUCCACGCCAGUAAAGAGCACCUGCUGUCUUCCACGCCUGUGCAAAAGGCCUGUGUCACAGACCCACUUUUAGAGAAACCUACAGAAAUCAUCAUGGCUUCAGUGGAGCCGCUCACAGAUUCUGUUAUUCCCGAAAUAAGUGACACGGGUUUGUCUCCUACACAGGACGCGCCCCCUGAAACUCCAGAAACAAAGCCCGCCCCUCUAUUGAUGGACCCCCCUUUAGAACUGGAUAACGACGUGGACCAUAUGUCCAUGACAUCUGAUCCACCUUUGCUAGAGGACACCUUAGAAGACCCUCCAUCACCUGCACCACCUCCAUCUGAUCCCAUGACAGACGAGGACCCCCCACCUUCCCUUUGUGAAGAAAUCCAGUUAGAAAUAGUUGAUGAAUUGGCAUCAAGUCCCAUCUCUAUGAACGACCUUUCACCUCCUCCCUCCCCACUUCCUCUCUCCUCGCCUGACUCCGCCCCCUUGCCACCUACUACUCUCCCCAUCACAGACCUGGUGCACACCACCGCCCCUCCAGAGACUUUGACUCUUGAGCCCUUUGAGGAGUCAAACGACUCCCUUGACUCCUUAGACUCUUCUUGUCCCAUUCAAGAUUCCGGCCCUCUAGAACCCCCUCCCUCCUUAAUGGAGUGUACAGUUUCUUCUCCCAUAGACUCCGGCGUCCUCUCAAUCAGGGAUGGCGCUAGCACAGAAAACAGCGCCAUCAACGGAGUUCCGUCGUCAUGAUGAUGGCGGCCUUUGCGGCUUUUUUGCAGCACUUAAAAGAAGACUGCCCCCGCUGGGAGUUGGGUGGUCUUACAGAUGACCCCCCCCCCCGACCGCCAUUUCUCCAUCUCCUCCGGCACAAAAGGCUGCUUUGUCACAAUGUGACAGCUUUUUGUUGUUGUUUUUUUGAAUGUCAGUUCAAAUCACCAGCCUUGAAAGUGCAUUGGAUGGACAAAAACGCCACUGUCUGUCAUCUUAGGAAAAUAAUGUUGAGAAAAAAAAAAGUCAAUACACAACUAAACAAUCAACAAUUGUAAAGAUUUUUCUAUUGAAGCAGCACAAGAAAGUACUCCCGAAAACCAAAACGUUGAAAAAAUAGUGCCAAAAAUGAGUAUUGUUGCAUGUUUGGGGACUUGUUUUUGUAGUCCUCUGCCAUCAGACUGAAUGUGGAUGAAGUGAAUCAGUAUGUUAGUAUUUCUCCCAUGCAAGGAGGUGACUCAAUGGUAUCAGAAUGUAUGUAAUGAUAGCCACUAAUGUAUUUUUACUAAUUGACUGUGGUAUGCAAUUUUUAAUUUUUUUUUUUUUUUGGGGGGGGGGGUUUGUCAGCAAGUGCAUAAUUACUUGUUAAGCUUGAUUCAUUUGUACGCAAGAUUUAAAGUAUGAUUUAUUUUUUUGGCCUGCCCCGAUGAAGCCAUGUACAAAGCUUCAGUAUUCAGUAUUUGUCACACCGCUGGAAAAAAAAUCCUAAAAAAAAAAACAAUGCAUGCAUGACAAAGAUGUGUCACUGCAUUGCUUCACUUCAGUGAGUUUUUCUUUUAUUUUAUUGACAUGACUUUGACCUUUCCCCCGUGACCCUUCUGAGGAUAAGUGGUAGAAAAUGAAUGAAUGAAUGACCUUUCCAUUCGUUUCUUGCAGAAAUGUUUACAAUUCUCGUGACGAUAAAGCAUUAAUUACUGUAAAAUCUUUAAGAGCCAGCCAAACGUGGAUGAUUUCCUUUUCAAAAUGUGACUCUUUCGUAUUUGUACAGGGUGCAACAGACUGGUACAUCAACAGAGAAUUAAAUAUUGUGGUGCAUUCAAGACAACAACAUCAGUCAGGGGCUUUCCUCACUGUCAUGUUCUUCCUCCACCAUGUCAUUCAAUACUUGGAUUGAAGAAAUGUUUUUUUCUAUCAAUGAAAGUAAGACAUUUCUAGAUGACAACUCUUAAUAGAUGGUUAUUUUAGGAAAUAUUCAUAAUAAUUAACAAAGCACAAAUUCCCUGCAAGCAUUUUGACGUAGCAUUUGGAUGAAAGAGUACUAAUGCCGCACUGAAAAGAGCAAAUAUAAGUUAAGAUAGAGUUGAGAAAAUACAAGGAGAGCAAGUCGCAAUAUUACAAGAAAACUGUUUGAAAAGCAUAUGGCACAAAAUAUGAAAAUAGCAGUUUAUAAAUGAGAUAAACAUUGCAAUACCGCGCAAGAAGGUGUGUUACAUUUACGAGAAAAAAUGUUUUAUAACUUCCUUGUCACAAUGCGAUGAUUGUCAUCACUUUUUCUUCUAACAUUACAACGUUUCUCUCGCAUAAAUACCGCUUUCAUCGAAGGUAUCUUUUCAAACCAUAAUAUAACUCUCUUUGUGGGUCUCUUUUGUUUUUUCUUAACAGUAUUUGACAAUCUUAUAGGAUUAGAAUAUGAUUUUUCCCCCCGCAAAAGUAAUAUAUGAAGUAAUAUAAAGUCGAAUAUGACUUUUUUUUCUCAUUUUCUGGACGAAACAUUGUUUCAAUCGCAAAACAUUCUUCUGACUUUCUUUUUCUUUACAGCUUUCCCCCCAAAUAUUACUUUGUUUUUCACAUUACAUUACAAUUUUUUUUGUAACACGAUCAUUUUUUCCCCUGAAAAAAUACAGCUGGAAUCUUGUAAAAUGUCUUCUUUCUCUAAAUAAAUACAACUUUUAACUUCUUUUUUUCAUUCUCGCCCAAACGUCAGCUGGGAUAGGCUCCAGCGUACGUCUGCGACUCAUGAAGCAGCAUCGAAACUGAAUGCAUGAACUUUUUUUAAUGUAAUUAUUUUGUUCUGUUAAAAAAAAAUCAGAAAAUUGACUUUUUUGUGAAGAAAAAAGCCCAAAAUAUUCUAACAUUUAUCUGAAUAUUUCAAUUUAUCAAUGUUUUACUUCUAGACUGGCUUAUCUUUCCCCUUUUCAGCUUGGUGAAGCGUGCCUCAAAUGGAAAAUAAAAAAAGGGAAGGAGCAGCACUUAAGGUGGGCUUUGUCUCAGUGUCCCGGUCUUUACAUCUGCUGCAGAGAUUUGCUUCAACAUGCCGUCUGUUUGCUUACCGCUUCCUCUGAUUGUUUUGUCGUCGGUGUGGUGGUCGCCUAAGCCUCCCAAGCAGUGGGCCGGCACAUUAAAACCCAAGAUGCUUGCAGGUACCUUGCUAAGAUCUCAUGCAAUUUGAGCACAGCGCUCACGGAGGCCAUUGUAUCGUGAAUACAAAAUACAACAACAGUGAAUAUUUUAGCACCAGCGGAAACCCUGACUGGAUAUUAUGUGUGUAGAUGGGUCAUGUUGACUAUUAGUACUAUUAGUCAUGAAGUAUUCUAGGUGGCUAGGUGAAAGGUCAUGAAGUCCAGUGUGUUUUCAGGUUUUGCUUCCUUCCUCUCUUGGAGAGGUUUGAAUGAAUGUAAAAAAAAAAAGAAGAAAAAAAACAUGAAUUGUAUCAUUUCUGAUUUCUGAAUGUUCACUUUCAUUUUCUUUGAACAUACAUAACUGAUGCACUUGUACAUAAGCCAUACCUGUUCAAAUAAACAAACCACUAUUUAUUGAUCAACUUUUGACUUUAUUUUAUUUUUAGUAAGAAUAUUAACACCUGUGCGAUGGAAUGGAAAUGUUGAAAUGCUGGCUUUUCUUCUCUAUGGAAGGACGACAGCGACAAGCACCUCCCACCCUCCACCCCUUCAAUAUAUUUCUCUGUCCCGUCACCCCCAGUAAU